AUGGCACCAUCAAAUUAUAAUAAUGAUUUAUUGAUAAAUUUCAUGGAUUUCAAUCAAUCAGGCUCAUGCAUAUCAUUAGGUACAACAAAAGAUUUCCGUUUAUUUAAUAUUGAUCCUUUUCAAAGAUUUGAAUUUAAUGAUUUUAGCUCAAGGGCUAAUGAUAGUUCUUCAAUUGACAAAGACUUUAUAAUUAAUAAAAAUUAUGGGAUAGUAGAAAUGCUAUACACCACCUCGUUAUUAGUAUUAGUAGGUUCUGGAGGUUCAACAACUACUAACAAUACAAAUUUCAAUAGCCAAUCAGAUAAUUGUGACACAGAUAUGGAAUCAAAUUUAAACGGCCAAUAUUCAUCAAGCUCAACUUCUUUAUCACCAAGAUGCUUAAGGAUAUUAAAUGUAAAAAAUUUUAAUAUCAUUGGUGAUUUAACUUUUCCAAAUACUAUUCUCUCUAUAAAAAUGAACCAUUCAAAUUUAAUUGUUCUAUUAAGGGAUAAAAUAUAUAUAUACAACAUAAAAACAUUGAACUUAAUUCAUAUUAUUGAAUUACAGUCAAAUAAUAAUAACCUAAUAUCAAUUACAUACUCCGACGAACAAGGACAAGAACAAGAUCUUUCAACAGAUUCUGAAUUUAAGUCAAAAAACCUGAAUUAUCUAGUAUAUCCAUCACCUCCCAAGGUUGUCAACUCCGAUAUAAAAUCAAAUUUGACAACAAACGAUCUAAUAAUUCCAAAUGAUAUUUCUACUUCUUCAGACAAUAGUUCAUCUCCAUCUUUAUUAGCACCUUCAUAUUCAAGCGAUAACAAUACUAUUAAUAAUUCAAAUAUAAAUCCAAAUACCAAUACUGUAAAUAACAAUAACAAUACAAAUAACAAUGACGAAAUUAGUAAUCAAGGAGAUGUCAUUUUAUUUAAUUUAAAUACAUUACAACCAAUUAUGGUGAUUGAAGCUCAUAAAGGUGAGAUUGCUGCAUUGACGUUAAGUAAUGAUGGUAAAUUAUUAGCCACGGCUUCAAAAAAAGGUACCAUCAUCAGAGUGUUUUCUACAGAUUCCGGUUCAAAAUUAUAUCAAUUUAGAAGAGGUACAUAUCCAACUCAAAUCUAUUCGAUAAGUUUCAGCCAUGAUAAUAAAUUUAUUUCAGUAACAUGCUCUAGUAAAACUGUUCAUAUUUUUAAACUUGAACACUCACGCUCACAUUCACAAUCCAAAGAUUCAGGAGAGGACUCUAAUGAAAUUCUUGAUAAUAAUACAACAAACAAUUCCAUACAUUCAGAAAAUAGUACUGCUGGAGAAGAUAUUAUGGUGUUAGAGAAAAAUAAACCGUAUGUGGAUAAUUCAAGAAAAACCGUGGGCCGACUCAUUCGUCAAUCAUCACAACAAUUAUCAAGACAAGCUGCCCAGACAUUAGGCAAUAUUUUUCCAAUCAAGGUAAAGUCAUUACUGGAGCCAUCAAGGCAUUUUGCUAGUUUGAAAAUACCAAAUGAAAAUAACAAUAGUAACAACAACAACAGCAACAACAACAACAGUUAUAACACUGCUCUCCGUGGUAAUAGUGCUGCUACAACAUCUACUUAUGAUAACACAAGUGAAGUGUAUGAUAAUGAAUCCAUGAAUAACGAUAAUAAUAAUAAUAUGAAUAGUGGUAAUAGUGAAUCUUUACAAGUAAAAUGCAUAACAACAAUAGGAACUUUAAAGGAUAUUAACAUCAAACAUUUCCCUGAAUUAUUUGAUAUCAAAAAUGCAGGAGUUAAUAACCCGAAUCAAUCUUCAAAAAUAACAACAGAUGAUGUUCAAAUGAAUAAUGAAAAUACAUCUGCGGAAAAAGAUCCAAUAAUCAAAGUCUUACCAAUCAGAGUUGUGUCAUCCAAUGGUUACCUAUACAACUAUGUGAUGGAUCCUGAGCGAGGUGGCGAUUGUUUACUAAUUUCGAAAUACUCUCUACUAUCGGAUUGA